AUGUCGCAAUCCUCCCUCCCGAGUCCCACGAACUCCGCCGCCGCGCUGUCCCUCCUCACGUCCUUGGGCGGAAUCAUCGGCUAUGCCCGUACGGGCUCCAUCCCCUCCAUCGCGGCGGGUCUCUCAGUUGGUGCGCUGUAUCUGUACAGUUUCCUGCGUCUGCGCGACGGACAGCCCUACGGCGAGGAGAUCGGGUUGCUGGCGUCGGCGGUGUUGGGGGGUAGUUCCGUGCCCCGGGUUAUCAAGACGAGGGGGAAGCCCGUGCCUCUUGCGUUGAGUGUUCUGGCGACGUAUGGGCUUGUGGUUUUCGGGUUGGCGUUUCGGGAGAAGAGAGCUUCAAGGGUUUGA